AUGCAAAACAGGCCCACAGAAGAAGCGGCAAAACAAGUCCACAGAAGAAGCGGCAAAACGAAUUCCAGAAACCUUGUUCGCGCGUCCCACUUUAGAAAAAUCAUUUGGGCAAAUUCUGAAAGCUGUUGGUCUCCGACGAAGAAUAGGGAGAAAGCUGCUCUUCUACCACACCAAUCUCCGACGAAAAUCGAGCAAAAUUUCAGGAGCAAUUCGACUUCAUCUUUCAAGAUGGCAGAGAAGGGGAAAGAUAUUUCCGAACACGCGGACAACAUUACUCUGGUGGAGUCCGAUAAUGAGAAUAUGCCUCCCAGUAUGAAUUUAAUGGAGAAUGAUAUGUUAGGGGGAGAUGUUGCGAAGGUGCCUGAGGUGGGUAUGAAGUUUGAAGAUGAAAAUAAAAUGUUUGAAUUUUACAAAAGAUAUGCUUACGAUAUCGGUUUCCCAGUGAGAAAAAGGAACUCAAAAAAGGACGACGACGGAAUAUUGAGAUAUAUUACAUUUGUUUGUAGUCGUGAAGGGAAAAGACGUAGAAAUACAAGCAGUACUUUGAAGCCGCAACCAACCAUUCAGAGUGGGUGUAACGCCAGGAUCACCGCAUCUUCAGAUAUCUGCGGGGUAUGGAGAAUCAACACAGUACACCUUGAGCACAAUCAUAAAACAAGUCCUUCGAAGUCCAGGCUAUAUCGAUGUAACCGAGAAUUGAGCGCACAUGUUAAACGACGGCUUGAAGUAAAUGACAUUGCUGGAAUUCCACUGCACAAAAGUUACAACUCUGCUGUCGUUGAAGCUGGUGGAUACGAGAAUAUGACUUGCAUUGAAAAGGAUUGCCGAAAUUAUGUCGAACAAAUUCGACGUCUAAGACUUGGAGAAGGAGACGCCGUAGCAAUACAAUCAUAUUUCUCGAAAAUGCAAGCGCAGUGUUCAGGUUUUUACUUCAGUAUGGAUUUGGAUGAAGAGUUGCGAUUAAAGAAUAUUUUCUGGGCAGAUAAUCGGAGUAGACAAGCAUAUAAGGAGUUUGGUGAUGUUGUCACAUUUGACACCACGUACCUCACAAAUAAAUAUGACAUGCCUUUUGCCCCUUUUGUUGGUGUGAACCAUCAUGGACAGUCAACUCUCCUAGGUUGUGGUUUAUUAUCAAACGAGAAUACAGAUACAUUUGUUUGGCUAUUUAGGACAUGGUUGGAAUGCAUGCACAGCCAAGCUCCGAAUGGAAUAAUUACAGAUCAAGAUAGAGCUAUGCAAAAUGCAAUUACGAUAGUGUUCCCAAACACAAAACAUCGAUGGUGUUUGUGA